AUGACCAAUCUCCCCACCGAGGGAUUCUCGGUCGUCCCCGACGACUUUAGGAUGCUCGCGGGUGAUAUCACAAGGACCACCUACAAUGCGUCGAACGCGUUGGAUCAGGCUGUCAGUUUCCAGUGCAUUGAUGCCGGUGGAAGUUACGACAAGACACCCUUUAUCCCUUCCGACCGCGAAUGUCUCACAAUCCGACCCCAAGUCAACUUUCCAGAGUGCUGGAACGGCAAGGACGCUUACAUCGAUGACAAUUCGCAUGUCUCUUAUCCUGUUGACGGCAACCCUGAAGGCGGCAAGUGCCCCGACAGUCAUCCUUCCAAGAUUCCUCAUCUCUUCUUUGAAGCCACUUACCAUCCCAGCGAAGACACCAUUGGCGAAGGCUAUGAAUGGUACCCCGGGUGUUUUGUCCUCGCAGACGGCGACAACUACGGGUAUUCAUUCCAUGCCGACUGGCUGAACGGUUUCCCCUCUGGAUUUAUUGUCGACACCUUCAACGAGUGCUACGAUGCUGCCUCGGACACCAUCUCGAAAACCUGUGCACCCAUCGACCAAGGGAGAGCCAAAGCGGCACCGAGGGACUGUGUGUCUCAGGGCCAGGUCGUCAACGAGUCUGUCGGUCAGAUGAUGGCCAUCCCUGCUCUCCCCGGAAACAAUCCCGAGUACAACUCGUCCGAGACUUCCAAGCCCUCAUCCGACAGCUACACCGAGUCUGCCAGCCUUGUCACAGUAUCAGACGAUACACAGGGUGUCUGCAUACAGGGAACUUGUUAUGAUUAUGCUGGAUCGGAUAUCGUCGACCCAUCCGCUGGGACUGGGGCGACUUCUACGGUGUCUUCGUCUGCUGUAUCUGCCACCUCCUCAUCGUCCUCGACCGGCAGUUCCACGCUCUCAUCAACUGUAUCAGCUUCUAGUUCCUCUUCUACCGCCUCUUCUAUUCCCAACCCGGUACUGGUCACCGUCCCCGACGAGUCUGACGACGACGAAGAGCUCGUCUGCGAAAAGCGCAAGAAGAAGAGAAGGGUUGCUGAUUGGUAG